AUGUUUUCUAUGAUAAAUUAUUCGAGUCAUCUCAAUAAUUAUUCGUAUUACAUUGUUUUCUUUUCAGAAAAUGAACGAUCUGAAACCGGAACAGACAGGGCGCGAUCGAAUAAUAGUGAUGGUGCCGUGAAAUUCCUCUCCGAAAAGUUGGGAACACUUCUCGGUAAGAAAGUAAUAAAAAUUUUGGUAGUAAUAACAUUUGCGUGUGGUGUUGCCGGAAACAUUUACAAUAUGAAACACAUGAAAGAAGGAAUAGAAAUGGUGGACACGUUACCGUUUUCCUCUUACAUCACGAAGUUCUUUCAAGUGCAUUACCGAUAUUUCACAGACUAUCCUCACUCGAUACAAGUCGUUUUUAAUCAGUCUCUUGAUUAUUCUAAUUCUAACGUACAAGAAGAAGUAGAGAACAUUUUACGAACGUUCGAGAGCUCUCCUUACAUUAGUGGAAGCAACCUCACAAUGUGUUGGAUAAGGAAAUAUCUUUCCUUCAUUCGCGAUAAGAAAAUAAACUACUUGAUAAAAGAUUUUAACACCAGCGAUUCUCGAGGAUUCGUAGAAGGACUGAAACUAGUAUUUUUGAGAUUUAAACCAUUCUCUUAUUUCCGGAAAGACAUUGCAUGGAACAGCGAGCGAAACCAAAUCGUUGCUUCCAGAUGUUUUGUGACGUCAAAAGGAGUCAGAAGUGGAAACGACGAAAGAAUUAUGUUGGAAAAUUUGCGUGCGACCGCGGAUCGUAGCAAGUAUCGAGUAUUUGCGUACAAUGCUUUCUUCGUCAUUUACGAACAACACUUGAAUAUGCCCUCCCUCUUUCUGCAAAACGUGGGAAUUGCUAUGGGCGUGGUGUGUCUGAUAUUCCUAGCGUUGAUACAGAAUAUUUCUUACGCUCUUUGUGUCAUGUUGAAUUUGGUGUGCAUCAUGGUGGAAUCCGUAGGAUUCAUGAUUUGUUGGGAAGUUAAAUUGGACAUGAUAUCGGUCAUGCUUUUAACGAUGAGUGCGGGAAUUUGCAUCGACUUUUCGUCUCACGUGGCAUACGCUUACAAUUGUUGUCUAGACGAAUCUCCCGAAAAAAAGAUUAGAGUUUCGCUUUACGCGGUAGGAUACCCCAUAGUACAGGGAUGUCUGUCGACAAUACUGUGUGUAGUAGUUUUCGUAUUUGGACCUUCUUAUACGUUCGUCAUAUUUUCCAAGGUAAUCUCCUUGGUUAUGAUUUUGGCCCUUUUUAACGCUAUGAUUCUGUUACCGGUAAUCCUGAGCGUGGCUGAUUCCAUUCGUGGUUUUUGGAACAAGAAAAACAUCGCCAUCAAUUCGACUUCAUAA